UGCGGGAUGCUGAGCUGGAGGGGUGCGCGGGGUGCUCAGGGGAAGGGAUGCGCAGUGAUUGGGAUGUUGGAUGGUGUUUGGGAUCGGGAUGCUUAUAGAGGGAUGCUCAGGGGUCAGGAUGCAGGAGGGGGGGCUCAGGGGCCAGGCUUCUCAGAGAGAAGGAUGCUUGGGGGUUUGGGAUGCUUAGAGCUUCAAGACACAGAAAGGAUAUUCGAAUGGGAUUGGAAUGCUUGGGGAGUGGGAUGCUCGGAGAGGGUUGCUUGUGGGAAGGGAUGCAGGAGGGAUGUUCAGAGGAAAGGGAUACAGGAGGAAUGUUUUGGGGGUCGGGAUGCAGGAUUGGUGUUUGGGGGUUGGGGUGCUCAGAGAGGGAUGCUUCAGGGAAGGGAUGCAGGAGGGAUCCUCAAGAGUCUGGAUACAGGAAUGGUGUUUGGGGCUUGGGCUGCUCAGAGGUAAGGAUACUUGGAGGAGGGAUGGUCAGGGUCUGAGAUGCUGAGAAGCUGGGUUGUUCAGAGUUGUCUGGGAGAAGGGAUGCUUAGAGGGAAGGAUGCAGGAGGGAUGCUUAGUUGUUGGGAUGUGGGACAGUUGUCUGGGGGUCGGGCUGCUCAGAGAGAGGGAUGUUUGGAAGUCGGCAUGCUUGGGGCUUCAGGAUACAGGAAGGAUACUUGAAAGAGGGAUGCUCGGGUGCUGGGGUGCUAAGAGGGAGGGAUAUUUUAGGGUGUUCAGAGAAAGGGAUGCAAGAGGGAAACUCAGAGGCAGGGAUGUAGUAGAUGUAGAUGCUCAGGGAGAGGGAUGCUCAUGUGAAUGAAUACCUGGGGGUCCAGCUGCAGUGGUGUUAUUUGCAGGUUAGGCUACUCAGAGGGAAGGAUGUUUGGGGGUCAGGAUGCUCAGUGUGUCAGUAUACAGGGAGGAUACACAAAGGAGGGAUAUUCAGAGGUCUGCAUGCUUAGAGAGAUGUUUGCUAUCAGGAUGCUGGAGGAGUGCUCACGGUUUGGGAUGCAGGAGGGAUGCUCCAAAGAGGGAUGCCCAGUGGGAGGGAUGCUUGGAGUUCAGAGUACAGGAGUUUGUUCAGGAGUUGGUAUGUUCAGGGCUUCAGAUGCAGGAAGGAUGCUCAAAGAGAGAGAUGUUUGGGGGUUGGGCUGCUCAGCAGGAGGAUGUUCAGGGGGCAAAACACAGGAGGAGUGCUCAAAGGAGGGAUGCUCAGGGCUCAGAAUGCAGGAGAAAUUGAUGUCUAAAAUGAGGGACAAAUCCCCUAUUUCCUGAAGGUGCUGUCUGUGUAUCUAUGAUCAGUUAGGUGGUGUUCGAUGAGAUGAAUCUCAGCCAGUGUUGUAGCUGUUGGUCUGGUACGCUUUGGUGAAGAGGACAUGGCUUUUGUUUGGGCUGUUUCCAGGGGAUCUGUUUCCAUACACAGAAAAGCAGACAAAAAUGUGAAGAAAGAAGAGUGAUGUUUAUGCUAUAAAUACCUCCAAAAAACCCAACGAGCCUUCCGGAGUGGAUGUGUUUACAGUCUCUGAGGAUGAUAAUAGGAAGGACACUGGGCUGAAGGUGAUCUGGGUGCUUCUGUAUGCAGAGCAGUGCCCUGGCUGAGAGCUCUGGCUACGGAGGAAAGCAGAAGUCUUUGGUGGCAAGAAAAAGGAGAUAUGUUCAUCAGGGGGACAUGAAGAGGAGAGAGAGAACAGGGAAAACUUUGCCUUAUGCAGGCAGGACAAAGCUUUUCAGCAUAUGUUGCCCAGUAUAUUCAGAACAUUGAAAAGCAGCCCAUGUGAGUUAUUUUUUGUCUGUGGUUGGUGCUGGUUCAGCCAUAAAUCCAGUGAUUUGUCAGUGGUGGUCCAAGUCCUGCUUUCUAUGCCUUUGCUGCUGUUUUUUGAUGCAAUGGGGAUAGAGAACUGUAAUUCCUCGUGCCUCGUUUCCUGCAGUCACCCUGGGGGAUGAAGGCUGAUGACAUGCAUUUUGAGAUGCUUUAUCAGGAAAGGGUGCUGGCAUCUAUUAGAGAUCUGUGUGUGUGUCUGUUGUCUGGAAGGGAGGAAUGGAGCUGGGAGGAGUCUGGAGAUAGAGAGGAUAAAAUGUCAAGGCCUUCGGCUUUAUUUGGCAUUACUGCACUGAUCACUUUGACAUUGAGCCAAAGCCUUUUUUUAAUCUAACUACUGAGUGCCUAACAGCAGGAAACAGAAAACAAGAGGAGAGACCUGGGAGUUUGUGUACAUCAAGGGGACUGAAGGAGCAGCAUGGGAGAAAUAAGGGAGCAUGGUGGCUGAGACAGUGGCUUCCAGGCCCCCUUUAUAUACUGUAAGGCUACUGCAAGUUCUUCCUGAAGCCUUCUCUUCCCUGAGUAAAGGAUUCCAGCUCUCCCAACCUUCAGGAGAAACAGCAUAUUUUGGUAAAGACUGGGAAGCUGAGAAACAGAAAAGAGACUUUCCUUGCAGUCAGACACAGACGAGUGUGGAUGGACUUAUCCUGCCUUGAUCUCUCAUUAGCUGGAAACAAAGAUGGAUAAGAUACUGGAAGCUGUGGUGAUGUCCUCAUACCCCAACAAUGUGAAACAAGGGCUCGUGAGGCGCGUCAUUGAGGCAUCAAAGCAGCCCAUGGACAGCGAGCAAUGCUGGUCCAUGCUGGAGCUGUGCACCAAGCUUUAUCUCGUGGGGGACACAAAAUAUAAAAGAGAGAUCGGGAAAGAGGUUUUGGAGGUCUAUGGUCACUACCACCCAGAGGAAUUUGAGGAGUUCUUCAAUGUCCGCUUCCUACUGAGCCUCCUCCAGGAAGGCUAUGGGCCUCUGGGGAAGAGAAGCCAUUAUGUACUUGAUUAUAUCCAGUUAGGACUGCAGUUUGUCUUGGAAAGUCCAUCAGCAAACAGCAUUUUCAGCUUAUUGAGGAUCGAGGUGCUCCGGAAAGUCUGUGAGAGGCCCAGCCCCAAGCAGUGUGCAAAGAUCAGCAAACUCUUAACGCAACAUCCUCAGUGCAUCCCCACAGGCAAACACCAGGUCCUGUUUUGUCAGCAGCUGAUACGGUGCAUUGGGCAGUUUCAGUGUGUCUCUGAAGGGGAAGAUGACAUCAUGGAGUUUUUGGAGCAGGUGAACAAGGUGAGCGGUCUGCUGCAGAGGAUCUGGAGGACUCAGACCUCGGCCAUCCUGCCCUCGCUGAAGGAGCUGUUCACUAUCAUUUCUUCAACAGAGGAGCAGGAGGUACCAUCCAAUGCCUUGGCCAGCGUGGUGCAAUUUGUCCCUCUGGAGCUCAUGGACGGUGUCAUAAGAAACCUAACCAAUGAUGACAGCAUCACUGAUGUGCAAAUGAUGAUGGCCAUUGGCAGGAUGAUCGACUGGGUGUCAUGGCCCCUGGGGAAGAACAUAGACAAGUGGAUCAUUGCUCUGCUGAAGGGUUUGGCUGCAGUGAAAAAGUUCAGCAUCUUGAUUGAAGUUACGCUUUCAAAAAUUGAAAAGGUCUUCUCCAAGCUGCUGUACCCCAUUGUGAGAGAGGGGGCUUUGUCUGUCCUACAGUACAUGCUCUUGAGCUUCCAGCACUCCCAUGAAGCAUUUCACUUGCUGCUACCUCACAUCCCAAGGCUGGUUGCCUCUCUGAAGAAGGAGGACUCCAACUCUGCCACCAGCUCCCUGGAGCAGCUGGCUGAGCUCAUCCACUGCAUGUUCUUCCGCUUCUCAGGAUUUCCAGAUCUCUAUGAACCAGUGCUGGAUGCUAUAAAAGCUCUUCCAGUUCCUAAUGAAGACCGGAUUAAACAUCUCUUGGGACAAAAUGCAUGGACCUCCCAGAAGAAUGAGCUGGCCUGCUUCUACCCACGCCUGGCUUCCAAAUCAGAGACAGGGAAGAUCGGCUUAAUUAACUUGGGAAACACUUGCUACAUGAACAGUGUCAUACAGUCUCUCUUCAUGGCUUCAGACUUUCGGCAUUCAGUGUUGAAUUUAACUGAGGGCAACUCCCAGCCCCUGAUGACGAAACUGCAGUCGCUCUUUGCAUUUUUGGAGCACAGUCAGCGACCCGCCAUCUCACCAGAGAGCUUCUUCUCUGCCUCCUGGCCACCCUGGUUUACCCCUGGUGCUCAGCAGGACUGCUCAGAGUAUCUCAAGUACCUCCUGGAUCGAUUACAUGAAGAAGAAAAAACUGGAAAGAGGAUCUACUACCAGCAGCUCAAGGAAUCGAGCUUCAUGUCUCAAGCCAUGGAGCAUCAAUCCAUAAACAAGACACUGGUUGAGAAGAUGUUUGGGGGAAAAAUGAUGACAAAGAUUCGUUGCUUGAAGUGUUUGAAUGUCUCUUCACGAGAAGAAGCCUUCACAGACCUGUCAUUGGCGUUCCCCCCAUCAGACAGGCCCACGUGCAGGCCAGGAAGCACCUCUGUUGUACAAGUGGAAGAAAUCGGCCCACAGUUUAUUGAGUCCCCCAAAAAGCAGCCAACAGGAUCUCCCUGGAUCCGGAGGAAGCCCGUUGUGUCUGGAGAUCCUGGAGCCCAGCAUGUGCUAGUGGAAACACUGGGUUUUCAGAAGCCCAGAGAAACAGCACAUCCCUUAAGCAACGGUGCUGUUGGUGUGGAUACAACCAAAGAUGCUCACUUGGCUUCUGGGGAGCAGAUACUUGCUCCUAAGGAGUCCCGAUCUCUUGGGGAUUUAAUCAACUAUUUUCUAUCCCCAGAGAGACUGACCGCAGAGAAUCAGUACCACUGCGAGAAAUGUGCUUCCUUGCAGGAUGCUGAGAAGGUGGCAGAGCUGACAGAGGCCCCACAUUACCUCAUCCUCACACUGCUGCGCUUCUCCUUUGACCCGCAGACCAUGAAGAGGAGGAAGAUCCUGGACAAUGUCUCCAUUCCUGUGUUGCUCAAACUGCCCAUCCUCGUCAGCUCUGAGGAAACUGAGGAUGUUUGUCAGCAUGGGAAGGGCAGAUCUGACCUGGGCAACACCUUUGUGUCCGCCGUGUACGACCUCUGCAGUGUGGUGGUGCACUCGGGCAUCUCCUCCGAGAGCGGACACUACUAUUGCUACUGCAGAGAGUGCACUGAUACCGUGCCCCACGCACAGCCUCAGGAAGGGACACCAAAACUGGCUUCUGACAAGCAGCUGGACUUUGAGAUCCCAUGGUAUCUUUUCAAUGACACCAGGGUUUCCUUCUCCUCCUUUGAAUCCGUCAGCAAUGUGACUUCUUUCUUCCCCAAGGACACUGCCUACGUGCUCUUCUACAGGCAGCAAGUGGGCAGGCCAAGUUCCCCACUGCACGAGGCUGUGGCAGAAGCCAGGCAGCUGCACAGUGAACCCUCCCUCAGUAAGGACUUGAUGGAAGCCAUCUCCAAAGACAACAUCCUCUACUUGCAGGAGCAAGAAAAGGAGGCAAGGAACAGAGCUGCCUACAUUUCCACCUUGCCAAAAUCCCCGCUGUGGUGGAGAGACUUUGAGAGGGACAAGGACGAUGACAGCUCCUCAGGAGGAUGCAGUCCUGCGGGGGGUGGAGGUGGAUCUGGCUCUUUCCAUGGACUUGUCUUCUAGAGACCAGUAUCUAGCAGACAGCUCGUGUCCAUGGGGCUGGUCCAAAGCCAGAGGAUCCUCUUUCUCACCUCAUUGACAGCGAGCAACUCAGGAGAGGAUCUGGGGAACAAUGGAAUGAGAAAAGACUCGGGCUGAUUUGGAGACUACUGUUGGCUCCUGGAGGGUCCUACUGCUUCCUAUGCAUUUAAUGCCUUAAAUUAACCACUGCAGCUGAGCACCUGUGGAGGCAAGCAUUUGCCAACAGCUUGGAGAAGUGCCCUUCUGCUUCAGCAUAGCACUGUCUUGCCUGCUGCCACAAGCCUGGGGAGGGGAUGGGGAUAAGGGUGAAGAUGGAUCCAGCAAUGCCUGGGGGAUGAAGACCGCUCACAUGCAUCCCAUCUGCAGUCCUUCCAGAGUACUGGGGGACUUUUCCUGGGUUGAUUUGUUUUAAUGUGUUUUUAUCAGCUUGUGUCACUGGUGACCUCUGGAUGCUGUGAGAGUACAUGGUAUGCCCAGCUGUUUGUCCAAAUGUGUCUUUAGGACUUGUUUACUCUGGUGUAUCCUGGGUUCUGGCCAGAUCUGCUGGGCUUUACAACUGGGCUUUGUUUUAGGAUGCCUUGAGCUAAGACCCUUUAUCUCACUUGCUAUUUCUUAAAAUACUGUUUUGCUAGGAAAGUAGCCCAACUAGGUUCACUGUAUGCACCCAAUGUAAGUGCACACUAUGGAAAGCAGAGCUUUCGACAUCAUCAGCCACAGAACGAGGGCUGAUUUUGGUUGAUUUUGGAGCCAACACAAGCCCUGGGCAGUGUGUCUAUAGCUGUGUGUCGUAGCUCCGUCCCACAACGCCCCCCAACCUGCUUGUUGUGUUUCCAGUGAAGGUUUCUUGAGCUCAAGUGGCAGAAAUGCGUGCCUUCGGUGCUGUGUGUGCAGCCUAAUCCUGACUUUGGGGUGUCAGGGGGGAGCACUGCGUUGCUGGUGAGGAGAAGCCAAAGCAAAGGCGUUGCUAGACGGGAUGUAAGCAAAGGAUCGAAUCUCUUGGUCUAUACUCUCAUAUAUUCUUUUAUUUUCAUCCCUACAUGCAAAUAAAGGAAAACAAUAAUAACUGA